AUAUAACUGAGAUAUGUAGUUUAUUAAAAUUUCAAAUUGCUAGUUUUUGUGUUUGGGAUGAAUGUAGGGUAGGGGGAAUUGGGUUUUCUAGAUUUUUGGUGUUUUGUGCGAUUUUAUGCGAUGUUAUGCGACUUUAGUGCGAUGCAAUAUUGAAUUCACGGUUUUUUUAGGGAUUUUGAGCGAUGUUAUGAGAUGUUAUGCGAUUUUGUGCGAUUUGUGCUACCUUAGGUAGCUUCUGUUAUAUUUUGCGAUAUUUAGCGAUUUGUGUGCGAUUUUUUAUCAACAAUGGGUCCUCUGUUAUACUAUGCGAUUUUUAUGUGAGCUUUGGCGAUUUGUGUGCGAUUUUUUCUGAACAAUGGGUCCUCUAUUAUACUAUGCGAUAUUUAUGCGAUUUUUGGCAAUUUUUAUGCAAUUUACUCUGAACAAUGAGUUCUCUGUUAUCAUAUACAUUGUGCAUCUGUGAUAUAACUGAAAUGUAUUUGUUUAAAUUUAUCAAUUUUAGAGUUUGGGGAAGAAACUGAGUUUAGGGAUAUAGAUUUUGGGGUUUUUUUUUUAUUUUGUGCGAUAUUGGGCGACGUGUAAGCGAUAUUUGUGCGAUUAAGGAUACAAAAUAAGCACUGCAUUUGGAUUGUUGAAUUUGUGCGAUUUCUGUGCGAUUAUGUGCGAUUUUGUGCGAUAUUUGACUGCUGCAUUUGGGUUGUUGAAUUUGUGCGACAUAUAGCGACAUAUAGCGACAUUAAUGUAACUUUUAUUUAUUCAGUCGAUAUUUAGCGACGUUUAACGAUUACAUUUGCGACUCAAAGCGAAGUGUAGCCUUGCGACUCAAAGCGAAGUGUAGCCUUGCAAUAUUUGCAUAGAGAUCCAGGCUUCACCUGUUUACCAUUUAAAUAACCUAACUUGCAGCGACGGCAGCCUUCGGGGAACCCUGGUGGUGGAGCCGCCCAUACACCUGUUUUGUUAAAUUUUUUUUCAAGUUUUAGAAACCUCCACUCGUUCAUAAGCCGUUCAUUUUCAAAAAGUUUCAUGUCGUCAAGCACUUUUUGCAUUUGAGGCGUAAUUUCCCCACAAUCAGGCUCCUGCUUGAUCUCUUCAGGAGUAAGAAUCGGAUAUUUGCCCUUGUUCCUUCUAGUAGACAUUGCUAAGAGAAUUAUCUUAAGAGGAAAAAAAUUAAGAAAAUAUGUGUAACUUAUGAGAUAGAAAAUUGGCUUUUAUAGAGAAAACUAGUAGUUGGGAAGGUGGGAUAAUAAAUGUAAAAAUUGAAUUACACAAUUGUACACGUGUUUGUCAUGCAAAAAGCAAUCUGGGCAAUUUUCGCGACAUGUCGCGACUUUUAUGCGACAUGUUAGCGACAUAAUCAAGUAGUUGGUUAGGCGGGAUAAUAAAUGUCACAUUAAUUACCAUUUAAUGUGGAAACGUCUUUUGUGCGAUUUUUGUCGAUUUCUUGUGCGACUUUGUGCGAUUUUAUAUCUAUUGUGUUUGCAAUUAUUUUAACCAAUUUUGUGCGAUUUUGUGCGAUGUUUAGUGCGAUUUUAACUGACAGGAUCAUAUGUUUUAGUUAGUUUUGAUCUGUAUUUUUUUGGCGAUAUUAUGCGAUUCAUGUGCGAUUUUUAUGCGAUUCUUUUCCACUAUUGAAAAAAUAUGCGAUUAUUUAGCGAUUUUGGUGCGAUUUUUAUGCGAUGUAGUCUAAUUAAUCUUGUAAAUGCAGAUGGCUCCUGAACUUAUUCUACCCUUGGCUGAGCAUUUUCCAGGCCGUAUCACGUACAGAGGAAAUGGGUACUUUGCUUCAAUAAAGGCUAAGUUUGAAGCCUUCAACUUGACUGAGAGGGUGAAGGAAACUCCCUUUGGAGUUUUUUGGAAUGCCAGUGAGUUGAAAUUCUCUGGGGUGAUUGUGCAUCAACUGCUAUUGAGGAAAACGAAAGUGACUGAGGUGAAAAAUGAUGAAGUCUGGUUUUACGUUGGUAAAACCGAAGCCAGAUUUGGGCGGUCUGAGUUUGGUUUGAUCACCGGACUAAAGAUGAGCGGUGGCCCCUCAACAGGAGAUUUGAGUACACUGUGUGAGUCAGAUCGGAUACUGCGGGACUACCUCAAUAAUGCCAAACGGGUCACUUUCAAAACCCUUUGGCUAGCUUUUGAGUCCUGCGAUGUGGCGGACGAUGUGUACAAGUUGGGGCUGUGCGCAUUUGUCGAGGGUGUUCUUCUAUCAAGGGCUGAGGGUGUUUAUAUCUGGACGGAUAUGCUGAAGCUGGUAGAAAACGUUGAAAACUUCUUCGAGUAUCCGUGGGGCCUCCUUUCUUAUCAGAAGUUAUUGUCAUCCACAAGUAAGAGUAUGAGUGACCUGAGGAAGAAUUACAUUGAUAAGGUCUCUACUAAAGAUAAGAUGAAGAAGAAAGGGAAGACGGAGAAAAAAAUUACUCAACCGGAGGCAAAGUACAAUGUCUAUGGAUAUGCCCCGGCGCUGCAAUACUGGGCCUUCGAGGUGAUGCAAGAUUUGGGGAAGAAGUAUGGGCAGUGCAGAGGGACUAGAUUCCCUCGAAUGUUGAAUUGGAGUACUCCCGAUUCCGUUACGAGACAUGAUGUGAAGCAACCUGACGUGGCUGCACUAUUUGAGAAAAGGAUGGUUGUGCUUCAAAUAUUGUAUCCUCGGAAUUGGGAGGUCGACUACUGGAAGAACAAUUGUGAGGGUGAGGUCCCCACAGUGGAAAUGGGGUUAGAUGAGGUCGAAGAAACACAAGCCGGGACGCAAGAUUCGACCGCAUUCGAGACCCAAGCCCAACGGGUGGCGGAAUAUGUUAAAAGGUCCAAAAUUAUUCCACCAUCCCCACCCAAGGAAACACCAGACGCCUCCACAUCUGCCACCGUGCCCCCAGCAUCUGCCUCUGCGCCCCCAAGCUCUGCUCCAGCCAAUGACUCCAACUACCUCUUGUUGGCUAAGAGGUUGGAGAAGGUAGAAGCACAACAAGUUGCGAUUCUCACUGCCCAGACUGAGAUGAAGGCUGACUUCAAGAGAAGUCAGAAAGAGAUGAAGAAUCUUAUCAUGGAUCAAAUUGCGACCGUGAUAAGUUUGUUACAGAAGCAGCCUUCGGAGCCGACACAACCAUCAGGGCCGGCACAGCAAUCAGACCCCACACCAUCAGACACGGCAGAGCCAUUACAGACGGUACAUCCAUCACCGCCGACAUAUGAUGAUGAUGAUGAUGUCUACCCAGAAGAUUGGCAACCUGACGCAUGUGACGUUCCUUCUACUCCUGCAAACGCCAUUGUCAUUUCGCUGGGUGAUACUGAAUCUCAGGAUGUGGAAGAGUUGCAGGGGCCACCAGAUGGAGUGGAGUUCUGUAGGCUUAGGCGAAAGCGCAAGCCGGUUUUCUUGAAUGACUACACUGCUGGGAAGAAGAAACAACGACAAGGGCCCGUGGUAGUAGACACCCUGAAACCGGCGGACGCCCGGCUGUUAAAAUUUUUCCAGAAGUGGAUCACUUAUGCUAGGGACAAUGGCCGUCCUAGGGAUGUUCACACUGGCGAAGCCACUAGAUCGUGGUUCGUGAAGUUGAUGGUGCUCAACGAAUGGCUCGAAGAUGCUCAAAUUGAUGCCAUGGCGCACUUAUUGAGAAGAAGACGGACCCUGUACCCGGAAGUCUACACCCGAAAAGGUGUAGUUUUGGACACAUCUGCUCCACAGUUCUUUUCCAUGUUUUGGAAUAUGUGUGAGGGUGACAGGAGCAAGAUCAAAUGGGAUGAGAGCGUCAUGAGCUACGUGCAGGGGAUACCGCACAGAUACUUGCCAUGUUGGGAGAAGCAGGAGUACAUAUACUUUGUGUUGCACCUUCCCAAAGAGCGCCACUGGGUGGCAGUUGAGGUGGAUAUCGAGAACUGGGAGAUCAUUGUAUAUGAUUCUGAUAUCGGUGCCACCGUUGAGGCAGCCAUGGAGUCAUAUUUGAAGCCUUACAGCGAGCUCUUUGCAAAUCUAAUUCGAGAUAGCGGUUAUUUCCAAUACAACAAUUAUGUACAUCCGGUGGAGUUGGGCGAUCUCAGUCAGCUCCUACCCCUCCAUUAUAGACGAGCUACCUCGGAGGUUGUACCACAAACGAACGGCAGUGGCAAUUGUGGAGUGUAUGCCAUGGAGCACAUUGAGCACUUGAUGCUGGAUCGUUCGUUGGAGCAUGUGCAUGAUGAUAACAUGCUCACCUUUAGACAUAGGUGGUGUGUGGACCUAUUUUACCAGAACUUAACGUGGUAGUUUUUUGUAGGUUUUUGCAAUGUUAAUCUUGUACACAUAAACUCCCCUUUUGUAAUUGUAUUAUAAUCUCACCAAAUUUAUAUAUAACAAGUAAAUUUAAAGCUAUUUAAAUUGUUGCUUGUAUCAA